CAACGGCCUCUGCCCUCUCUCUCUGCGUCGACGCCGUUCGCGACGAUGGCCCCCAACAUCACCACCAUUCCCCGUGAAGUCCUUGAGCGCAUUGCUUUCGAGCUCGUCAUGACCGACCAGCGAGGUCGGCCUGCAGAGCUCGUUAGCCUCUUACUUGCCUGCCGCGACCUGAAUAAGAAACUGUCUUUCAAGCUCUGUCCUGCUCUCUACGCUCGCAUCCACAAGUCCAUGUUUGAUACUGCUGCCCCACACCGUCGCUUCGGCUCUAAAGCCAUCCGCUCCUCCAAUCUUACCUCGCAGCUCCGUGCAAACUGCUCCAUGCUCCGACGUAUCCGUCAAGGAGACGUCUAUUCUCCUCACGUUCUCGAUGACUUCUGGCUUGCAUAUGUUUUGAUUAUGGAAAAUGAUGGGAAGAAUAGGGUGCAACUGGACAGAGCGGGCUUGGGCGUCGUUGUGAAUAAAUUCGUGCGGUCACGGUUGUGGGAGGACGCAGAGAACGGUUGGCCACGGGAGAAGGCCAUAAACGCUCUUGCUCUCUGGUUGCUGUGGUGCACAACGACGAGAGAGUCUGUCGACCAUGAACAUCCUACGGAACGUGCAGAGCUUGUGCGGCUCCUCCUGCCAUACGUCGUCAUGGCUUUCAAGUAUCCAUCCUUUCACGCCCCCGACAACCACUUUUUCCUUCCGUUACCGGAGGAAUGGGAGCGAGAUGACCUUGUGUCUGUCCGGACUAUCCACGGAUCCUACCCCCUCUACCGCGAACCCGAUGAAACGAGGCACACCUUCGCGCUCUACGGUUCCGACGUCGACGUCGGCACUCCAUCGCUCACAGCCGCCGCCAAGCUCAUCUACUUCUCUCGCCGUGAAGUCCUUCAACUUGACGUGCCCGACAACGUCCCCGUUAACCGGGCGCAAGCCAACGAAGUUGGUUACACCCGCCAAACCCAAGCCGACAUCAUCGAAGUCAACACUCACAAGGGCGCGAAGUUUUUGUCUCCGUCAGAUUGGAAAUGGGCAGAGAAGUUGUCGGACGAGGACUACUUGUACGAGACGGAUGGCGUCUGGAAAGCGGACCUCAGGUCACCGAGCGCGCAGUGGGAUUGUGAUUGGGAACGAGUACGGUACUGUUGGGAUCCGUGGUCUCAGCCUUUCUUGAAAGGUUCGACAUACACGUUCGGUUGUCUAGACGGACUGUUCCAGGGCCGUAUGCUGGUUCCCUCGGAUGACGGCUACUUCAACCUCCUUCCCACGAUGAACUACCCGCAAGACUUCAGCGAAAUGUCUCCCUACAUGACAACCUGGCCCGUCUUCAUGCGUCUACGAGAGCAUCAUUGUAUCAACCCUGCCGUAGCUCUGCUUCCAGGAGGACCCCCCGAUGACCUUGCGGACGAUGGCAUUCAGAACGCUUGGAUGCCCGCAGUCCAUUGCCGUGAAUCCGACGGGAAGGUUAUUUGUCGCGAUGGUGAUGACAACAUAUCGGAGUACGAAACAUACGCAUCGGGUCGUCCCUCUUCUCACAGCGCAGAUACCUGCACCUUCUGUAUCAGACGGAGGGCAGCCGAUGAACAGGCGACGAGAGAACGAUAUGAGGCGCGGAUUUCCUCUGUUCGGAUAGAGGAAGUCGAGGAUGAGGUGGACUUCCCUCGGCACGAGGACUACGAAGAGGAUUUCGCAAGAGCAUGGUCCCUUCCUUCGAGCUCGGACGAGUCGGACGAUGAAGAGGACACUCUUGACGGCUCAUGCUCCGGGAUUCAAGACAUCAUCAUCACUGGCGAGACCGACCCUGACCAUGGUGCAGCCUGGGGCCGCUUUACAUUCCUAGGCCGUGUUCGAUCUUGGGAUGGACUGAUCGCCCUCGUUCGUAUCCCUUAUGGCCCACAGGCGCAAAUGGGGCGUGCACGUUGGGUGUUCCGUGGCUACCUGCAUUACGGCCAGGUCCUCGUCGGCAGCUGGCGAGGCGCGGCAACGGACCCGUCUUCGAUUCCUUGGGAAGGUCCGUUCGUGGCGUCACGCCGCACGUAAAUGCCCAUACCCAAGGGUCGUACGCCGGGCGUGCACGACGAAGCUUUGGCCCCACCUGUGGCAUCUCUCUCCGCCCCCUCGACUCUAUUUCCUCCCUUUUGUCGGUCCUUCUCGGCACACGAGCAGAUACUAUACAGCGUAAACCCGUUCAUCUAUUCUCUCGGCCUCAGUCUUCAUGAACUUCGUUCUCCCCACACCUUUCGCGUUUCCCCAUCCAAUCGUCAUCGGCCCCGUUGCAUCACUCCCUCUUCCGUUUUCGUCGUCUGCGAUUCAUCUUCUUUCCCUCGCUUUCUCGGCUUAGGCGCAAACAUCCUUACGCUUUAGUCUGUACGCUGAUACUCCGCUCGCUUUGCCCGCUUGUCUCCGGAUCUCCCUUCGUCAUUUCGUAUAUCACGCCCCGUUCGGCUGUCCCUCGAACUGGGAUGGUACAACAUCGCUCUAUAUGAGGAUGAUGUACAAGUCGUAUACGUGCCCCUCGCAUGCUCACCGAUCUGUCUCGUGUUGCUCUUAAAUUGUAGCUUACUUCUACCGUUCUUUCUCCUGGCUUUCAUGAUUUCAUCCCGGGUCGGAACAGAACUUUCUCCUUUCUCUCGCACUGCACCCCGCAUUCCCAUUCUGCUGAACAAUUUCCCAUUACCUCACAUUCUCGUAUUCCCAUUUGCAUCAAUACAUAUCCACGUCUCGUCAUCUUUUGUGCUUCUCUACUCGCAUCCGAAUAUAUAUAUAUACCUGCCUUUUCCUUGCGCAUAUCACUGCAUGCAUGUCUCGCUCUUGCUUCCCUCUCUUGCUUUACAUAUCGGCUUCAGUUUCGUCCCUGCUGUUCGUCUUCGUCUUUACAUGCUUCCAUACAUUUUCCGUCUGUUUCCGUUUUAGAUUCAGCGCAAUACCUGUUUAUUCACACACACACAAUUUCUCGUCCGUUUCUUUGCAUCCCUCUGUGCCCUUCGCGCAGAAAGUUAACAAUGUACUACAUCC